AUGGUGGCCUACGGGCAUGCAGCUGGGGGCCGCUCCUGGGCCAGUGCCGCGGCGGGCGGCAAGGCCAAGGGCGGCUGGAGCUACUGGGUCUGCUCCAGCAGCAUGUGCAGGGAGUGGAACUGGUGCUCGCUCUGGAAGUGCCGCGGCUGCGACCGUGUGGCCCCGCCGUGGGUCAAGGCAGCCCAGCCGCCCGCGGCUGCCGCCGGCCAGGAGCCGCACGUCGCCGACGACGGGGGCUUCGUCGUCCAGCCCCGUGGGAGGAAGGCGAGGCGCCAGGCCAAGCGCACGGCUGCCCGCGCGGCCAGCGCUGGGGCCGCCAGCCAGGCAGGAGUCAGCGAGGCCAGCAGCGGGCAGCAGUCGGCCGUCGAGCAGCACCGCCUGGAGGUCAAGCGCAUCGAGGACUUCCUUGCAGCCCCUGGCGGGUCCAUCGACGAGGGGCGCCUGCAGUCGCUGCGCGCGGCCCUCGACCGAGAGCGGCGCAGGCUCUCGGCUGCCGAGGCGGCGCAGGCGGAGCGCAGGAAGGCCGACGCCCCCCUGCCCAAGGCGCUCCACGGGGCUGGCAACGCCCUGGGGAAGUUGGUCAGGCAGGGGCGGGCCAAGGAGCAGGCGCUGCUCAAAGCUGAGGGGGCCCACGCGGCAGCCAUCGGUGAGCGUGAGGCGGCCAUCGCGCGCGAGGCCGCAUGUGCAGAGGCGGUCGAGGAGUGCCGUGCUGCUCUCGAGGCUCACCGCGAGGAGCAGAGGGCCGCAGAGGCCAGACAGGCCAAGGAGGUCGGCGCGGCCUUCGUCGGCACGGACCUGCUCGGGAUGGUCCACGGCCUCAUCCAGCAGGUCGAGGCCUUGCCCCAGGGCUUCGCCGCGGGCAAUGGGGAGGCCGCCUUCGCCGAGGUCGCCAAGCAGAUUGCUGCGGUACGCAGGACGCGGCCGAGCGCGGCCAAGCAGCACGCCGAAGAGAGGCGCUCGGAGCGUGGCCCUCAGCCCAGCCGCUGGCUAGGGACCUGGCCAACGCUGGGGCAGCCCUCCUCGACGACCAGCCGCUGGCUACUGCUGCUGGUGGCCAUGUUGCUGUGGGUCGGCGUCGGGUUUGACGUCGACUCGGCAUGCCAGUGGUCGGUUGACAGCAGAAGGGUCAGACGGCGCCUGAGCGAGCAGGCGCCAAUGGCCGCUGGCGAGCGGGUGGCCGAGUCCCUUGACGGGCGCAGCGAAACCAAGGUGCCAAGUGACAAGAGGACGAGGAUGACGGCGCAGGAGGCCUGCAUUGGCAAGGCUCGCCUCGGGCCACAGCCAGCCCCUGAGUCUGACCCUCGAGGACCUUGCCCCCUGCGUGCUGGCCUGGAGGUCCUGGGCUGCAACGGUAACGUCUGGAACAGGAGCCUCGAGGUCCUCGAGGCCUUCUUCCACGCCCACCAGUACUGGCCGCAGCUGGUCCUCCUUCAGGAGACGCGGCUUACCCAGGAACGGCUCCCUGGGGCCAGGGCGCUGGCACGCCGCCUCGGCUACGCCGCCUUCUUCCAUGAGGCGGUGGCGACGGGUCAGCCUGGCCCGAACGCCACGUCGGGCGGCGUCGCGAUCCUGGUGAGGGCUGGACUCCAGGCCGAGGAGUCAGCAUGCCAGCUCCCUGCGGCCCUGCGCCACCGCCUCAUCGGCGUCGAGGUGACGGCGCCGUCGGGCCUCCGUCUCCUGGCCUUGGCUGGGUACUUCCAGCACUCCUUGGGCCCGCGGGGGAUCAACCUCGACCUCUUCUCCUCGGUCUCGGACCUCGUGGCUUUCUCGCUCGACUUGCCCUGGGUCCUCCAGGCGGAUUUCAACAUGGAGCCCGAGCCCCUGCAGGAGCUGGGCUGGCCUGCAGCGGUUCGCGGUCAGGUGCUCGGACCCUCUGAAGCAACCUGCGUUGCCCAGGGCCUGGAGCACGUCUACGACUGGUUCGUCGCCUCGUCCGACCUGGCCACGUGCACGGUGUCCUGCGCGACCACGCUCAACGACUUCGGGCUGCACCCGCACUCUCCAGUGCUGCUGCGCCUCCAGGACUUCAGGUGCGAUGCCCUGGUCGAGGUGCCCUCCCGUCCUGCUCGGUUCCCAGAGGUGGAGGUCAAGGGCGUGUGCUCCCGCGAGGACGCCGUGGUCUCUGUCGGCAAGCGCGGGAAGGUGUCGCAGAAGGAUGUAGCUUGGUCGUGGGCUCAAGGUUCGUGCCCGACCAGCCUCUCUGCUGCUUUCGGCGAGUGGAUCGAGGCGGCGGAGGGUACCCUCACGGGCAUCCACGAGAUUGCGCCAGGCGACCUGCCACGCUACCUUGGGCGAGCGGCAGGGCCCAGGACCAGGCGCAUGCCUUUCAGCGCGCUGGUGCAGCGUGAGGCCAGACUGAAGUACAGCAUGCUGACCCACCGCCUGAGGAGCUGCCUGGCGGUCGCCCUCCAGAGGCUUCGCGCAGAGCAGGCCAGCAGGUGGCACCCGUCCCACUCCUGGUGGUAUGAGCAGCAGGCUGCGGCGAGGGCGAAGCUCCUGGACGAGGCGACCCAGGAGGAGGCUUGCCUUCGGAGCGCGCCCCUCCUCGGGGCGUCCGACGUGAAGUGGGGGGACCUCGCCUUCCACGCGGGGGUGAAGGGCUGCCCCACGGCGAUCGCCAAGCUACAGUCGUGGCUCCUGGCGUCCCAGAGGCCCCUCGUCGGCAUGGGCGCCGUUGACCAGCUCACGCGCACGUGGCAGCGGCUCUGGCUUCAGGAAGGCUUCUCCAGCGGAGCCGGAGCCCACCAGUGGGAUGUUGGAUCCUGGACGCUGCCGCCCAUCACCCUGGAGGCAUUGCAGCAGGCAUGCAAGCGCUACGGCCCGCCUGUGGGGCUGGGCUGCGACAGCCUGCACCCUCGCCAGCUUCUCCUGCUGCCAGUGGCGCUGCAGCUUCGCCUGAUCGACAUCCCCACGGCGUUCGAGGACGAGCCUUCCUCGAUCAGGGGACAGGUGACGCUCCUGGUGUUUAUUCCUAAAGCCGACGGAGGGACCAGGCCCAUCGCGCUGCUUCCGCUGGCCUUGCGGCUGUGGUCUCGCCUGAGGCAGCCGUGCUGGCUGUGCCCGAUGGGAGUGGCCAGCCUGUUCCUGGACAUCCGCAAGUUCUACGAGCACGUGCGCCACGACGUCCUCUGGACGUCAGCCCAGCGCUUCGGCUUCAACCUGAAGCUGCUGCGCGGCCUCCUCGCCAUCUACCAGGCCCCGCGGAUCGUGCUGGCAGGUGGCAUGGCUUCGGCCCCCUUUGGGGCCGGUGGCGCAGUGCUGGCGGGCUGCGCGUGUGCGACGGCUGUUGCGAAGCUUCCCCUUCUUGGAGGCCUCCUCGCUGCUGGGGCUCGUCGGCCUCUUGCCACCCUGCGCAAUUUGGUGGGCGACGUCUCGCUCCAAGCUGUCGGCUCGGCGAGGCUGGUCGUGGACCAGCUCGCGGGGGCCAGCGGGGAGGUGCUGCGACACCUGCGGGCCCACCACCUCUCGCUCAACGAGGACAAGUCGGUAUUCCUGGCCUCGUCUGCACAGGUUGCGGACGGCCUCGUCGCCAGCUGGGCCGCCCUCGGCUUCGAGGUCAAGCGUGGCUCCCAGGCCCGCAACCUGGGCACCGACGCCAACGUGACCCGCAGAGGGGUCCAUGAGGGAGGCGCCCGCGCUGUGGGAGGCCUUUCCCGCGCCAGGCGGCUGAGAACCCUGGGCUCGGCGGGGGCCGCGGUGGUGCACAUUCACCGCGCUGGCCCUACCGCCGCCAUGCUGUGGGGCAGGACGGUCACUGGGGUGCCCGACGGCGAGCUUCACCCCUGGCGCCUGGCGGCUGCGCGCUCGGCAGGGAAGCUCCCCAAUGGCGCCUCCCUUGGGCUGAGGCCCAGGGCGAUCGAGGUGCAGCGCUCCGCCGACCUGGACCCGAGCCCAGCCCUGGUGCGCGCCGCUGUGCAGGUGGCAGCCAGCCUCCUUCAGACGGGCGAGGUGCCCCUGAGGAUGUUCGCGACCUGCCUGGAGGAGGCCGAGCGCAGGCACGGCAGCGCCAGGGUGCCCUGGGUGAACUGCAAGAACCCUGUCGACGCACUGGCCCUCUCCCUGUUGCGGGUUGGGUGGCGUCUCUCGGCUGGGCACUUCCUCCACGCCGAUGACGGCCACACCUUGGACAUGCUGAUCAUGGGCCCCCGCGAGCUCGGGCCGCUGGCUGCGGCAGGUGCACGCAGGGCCUCCGACCGAGCUGAGAUGACGCGGCUUGGGCCCGGAGCCGCCCCCCCCAUGCCCUUGUUUUGGGACGCGCUCGGCCAGGUCAUCGGGCCGCGCGGCAGGUUCAGCAGCAGGGAGAAGGCCGCGGUGGUGAGCUACGUGUCUAACGCCCACUGGCCCCAGACUCGCCUCUUCGCGGCUGGUGAGCGGGGCCACCCUCGAUGCUGCGCCUGCGGAGGAGUGCGUGGCAGCCUCUGGCACAGGCUCUUCGAGUGCCAAGCCCUGGCCACUGAGAGGAGGGACUCGGUGUCUGGCCGCCUCCUCCGCUGCGCCACUAGAGUGUGGCAGCGAGGUGAGGAAGCCGGGGGGUGCUUCUCCAGGUGCUGGCUGCCGCAGCCCCCGCAGACGGCCUGGAGGUCGGACGCUAUGGCAGUCAUGUGGGUGAACAGGCCUGCCGACGGGCUGCUAGGCGGCCGCCUCUUCCUCGACGGCUCGGCGCUCGACCCUGAGUUCGAGUGCAUUCGUAGGGCUGGCUGGAGUAUCGUGCAGUGCGACGAGUUCGGCAGCUUAGAGGCGGCUGUGUACGGCACGGCCCGCCUCGACCUGUGUCCCUUCCAGACGGCGAAGGACGGCGAGGACUUCGCGGUCUGGAUGCUGAGCCGCUACCUCGGGCCCUCGAUCAUCGAGAUCAACAUCGACUGCGCGUCCACAGUCAGCUGCUUGAAGCUUGGCAGGAAGUAUGCGACGGCUGCCAACAAGCCCAAUGCACACCUGUGGUCGGCCGUCUACGCCUCGCUGGACGUCGACUCGCUCAUUGUGAACAAGGUGGCGGCCCACUGCACCGAGAUCGAUGCUCGCGAGGGCAGGAUCUCGGAGUUUCAGUUGCUUGGGAACGGCCACGCCGACAGGUUGGCGAAGGCGGGGGCGGCCCUCCACAGGGUCAGCGCGGCGGCCAGGCGGGAGUUCUUAGGCGCGAUGGAGGUCGUGAGAGAGCUCUCCAGGUGGAUCGCGCAGGCCUCGAUCGUCUGGCAGGACAGGGGCUCCAAGGACUGCGAGGGCCUUCCUGAGGGCGACGAGCGGAGGACUGCUGUCACCUUCGCGGUCCCGCUGGAGGAGUGUGCUGACGGCCCGCGGGCGGCCCCCGCGAACGGAUUGGGCGCCCUGCCCGCCGCCGUGGGGGCCCGAGGGGAACAGGCUGUCGGCCGCCCCGAUGCUGUCGGCGCCUGGGCUUCGGCAGCGCGCGACGGAGGAGUAGCGCUGGGCGCCCUGGUCUUCGCCGUCGCGGGGCACACCCUCGCGCACGCCAGGCGCGGUGAGGACGGCGACCAGCAGGAGAUCACUGCGUGCACCAGGUGCGGAGCGCAUGCUAGGCUUGGCGCACGCCCUGGCCCGCAGCCCAAGCUCAGGGAGCGCUGUCCUGGCUCAACGGGCCUCCCCAGGUCGCUGCGGGACCAAAAGUCGCGGUGGGAGCGUGGCCUCCACCCUGGGGGCACGCCACACGCCCGCGACACGCGGAGGAAGGGGGCGGAGGCCCCCCGCCUUCGCAAGGAGGCUGAGGUGCCGCUGGACGCCAGGGUGGGCUUCCUGAAGUGA